AUGAUUAUUAGAGCAAUCAAGAAUACUCAAAAACAUAGAUUCUCACAAUUAAAAUUCUCAAAUUUAUUUAAUCAAUCACGCUUCAUUAAUUUAUCAACUCAGAAAUCACAAAAUUCAGCAAAAUCGAAGUAUGAUCAAAUCAUAAAAGAUGCUGUUAAUCAACAUGCAACAUUGAAUUAUAGAUCAAAAAUACCAAUUCAUACUAAAUUGCUUUUGGUUUUAUUGGCUAGCUCAACUGCAAUGUUUAUAUAUGUCAUGAGUGAAUAUUUCAAAUUUCGUUAUUCUAAAAUUGACAAGAAAAGAUCAAUCUUUAUACCUAUAUGGUUUAAUUCAAAUUUAAUAAAUAAUAGAUACAAGUUUUAUAAUGACUUAAAAUAUGUAGAUGUUGAAUAUUUCAAUUACGUUAAAGAUAAUGUUGAUUUAAAAACUUUUCAGGAUGAAAAUAUAAAUUAUGCCUUGCUUGAACAAUUAUCAAAAAAUCAGAAAAUUAAAGAAAUCUUUGGUUUACCUUUAACUGUUGAAAUAUUAGAAGCUGAUAAGUUUAAAAUUUGGGUUGAAAUACCUUCUAAUGUGUCAGGUGUUCAAAUUGAUAUGGGAAAAGAAAAAGAAUCUACGUCAUAUAAUCUCAAAUGGAUAAUUAAACCCUUGAAUUUCAAGUCUAUCAGUGAUUAUAGUUCUGGAAUAACUUUUGAUAAAUUAGAAACAUCAAAUGCCAAUAUAAAAACUCAUGAAAACUCAAGUGGUAAACCAUAUGAAUAUGCAGAAGAAGGAGAACUGUGCAAGAAUCGAAAUUAUUCAAUUAAAUUUGAAAAUAUGGUAGUUAUAAAAGAUAAAGAUGAACAGAAAUUAGGUUUAGUUAAAUAUUUGGGAAUUAUUGAUUUUAAUCAUUUACAAAUUAAUAAAGGAGUUAAAAUAAUUGCAAUUGAAUUAAAUUUUGAUGGAAUUAAUUAUAAAAUUAUAUAA